GGGGGGCUCUGGGAGCGCCUGCUGGUGGGCGGGCUGCGGGUGCGCCCGGAGCAGUGGCCCGUCCUGGUGAGCGACUCGCCGUCGGCGCCACCCUCCAGCCGCGAGAGGGUGGCCGAGCUGCUGUUCGAGGCCCUGGCGGUGCCCGCGUGCCACAUGGCCAGCACGGCGCUGUUGGCGCUCUGCUCCACCGGAGCGUUCAGCGGGCUGGCAGUGGAGGCCGGUGCGGGCGUGUGCCACGCCACGCCCAUCUAUGCGGGCCACUCCUGGCACAAGGCCACCUUCCGGCUGGAGGUGGCAGGCACCACCCUGUCGCGCUACCUGCGGGAUCUGCUGGUGGCAGCGUGCCCUGACCUACUGCGGCAGACCCUACCCCGAAAGGCCAUCACACAGCUCAAGAAGCGCUGCUGCUACGUGUCGCUGGACUUUGAAGGUGACCUCCAUAACCCUGGCCGCCACCAGCCAGCCAGCUUCUGCUUGGGCAACCGAUGCGCGGUCUGCCUCAGCAGCGAGCGCUUCCGCUGCCCUGAACCCAUCUUCCAGCCUGCUCUGCUAGGCCACGCGGAGCCAGGACUGCCCACACUGGCCUUCUGGGCACUGAAGAGCGUGCCUGGAACCCUGCGGAGGAGGCUGGCUGACACUGUGGUGCUGGCUGGUGGCUCCACACUUUUCCCUGGUUUCACUGAGCGCCUGGAGAUAGAGCUGGAAGCCCAGUGCCAGCAGCACGGCUAUGGGGCACUGCAGCCACAUCUGGUGGCCAAGCCUGGGCGAGGCACGGCAGUGUGGACAGGUGGCUCCAUGGUGGCCUCACUGCAGAACUUCCAAAGCCAAUGGAUGACCCGGGCCAUGUACCAGGAGUGUGGCUCCAGGCUGGUGCACAAAGUCUUCAACUGAGUCACGUUGGACUGGAAG